CUCUCUCGAAGCAGUUCUAACUGGACCUCGAUCUCUAGGGCGCACCCUAUCUUCCAACAUGUUCAACCUGUUGGUACUGGUGGUUAUGGCUCUUGGUACAUCGGCCAUCAGAGUACCUACAGGGAAGGAACCGUACCUGAGUCCAGGUCUUGGGUUCCAUUCCUUCCCACGAUACUCUUCUCUGGCAGGGUACUCCUCUAUCGCAGUACCUCCGACUUCCUACCAGAGUUUUGUCAACAUCGUCCACCGUAAUCCUCCGGUCAUCAGGACACUACCAGUGAUCGCUCAUGGCCAUCUUCCAGCUCCUUACUAUAGUCUUCCAUAUCACUGAACG